CUUAUUAAUAAAAUAAAAUAAAAUAAAUUCCCCCUGUGGCUUCAUUUCUUCAUUCUUUUCUCCCAAGUUAGCGAACUAAGUAAUCCUACUUCUUCUUGGAUUUGGAUUUGGAUUUGGAUUUGGCUCUACAAUAACUAUAUAAUUCUCCUGUUUUUGUUGCUACAAUUUACCUGCGGCCAUUAACAGUUUUUAGGUUCAAGUUUUCUCGGCUUCUGCUCCACAGGUUUUGAGUUCAAAGGAUUCGAGAAUGUGCUUUUAAGUCUGUCUUUUUCGUCUUGACCCUUUAAUUUUCUAAGCAAGUAUUGAUUCUUUCUGAUUUUUUUACAUUGUGAAUAUUCUCUUCUCCUUACUUUACAAUUCUGCAUUGGUUCUUUCCUUAGCUCGCUUCAAUUACAUUCAUUCAGAAUUUGAUUCCAAUGCUUACUUAUUGAUUCAAAUUCUCUACGAAACAGUUAGAUUUACCAAAUUGUCCUCCCUCGAAUAGUUUUUCUUCUCUUGUUCGAAUAAUUUUACGAUGGAGAACUUUGUGAAACCUCAGUUCUUCUCUCUUCUUCGUGGGGAAGCAACAGUUCAAGAUUACCCUAAUAAUCACAAGAUUUUGGCUCCUCCCAAUAUGUACCAGCCGAAAUUUGAACAUCAAUCCGCUGAAUCUACAAGCUCAAGCAGUGAUGACGUGCAAGAUCCAGAAGUUUCUGAUUCAGAGAGUUCGGUUAUUGGCUCAAAAUAUCAAGAAAAAAACACCGGUUUGAUGAGAAUUGAUGAGGGCGAUAAGGUAUACGGAAUUAUCAGAGAAAAGUUUAUGUCAGGAUUGGGUGCUUUUGGAGCAUCAACGCAAAUUACGGCAAUUCAUAAGGAAACUUGCUCUAGUUUCACAAAACAAGCAAAGCUUCAAUCCUUCCUUAUUUUUUCCAAAGCUGUGGAGAAAAAAUGCGGAGGGAAUGAUGCUUAUGUGAAAUAUGCUUGGUUUGGAGCUUCAAAAGAUGAGAUUAACAACAUAUUUUCACAUGGUUUUGUUCAUUCUUCGAACAAUGGAGCUUAUUCUCACGCCAUAUGCCUUUCUCCAGACAAUUAUCCUCUUGAUUGUCUGCAAAAUGCUGUUGCUGAUAAAAAUGGGGUAAGGCAUUUACUGCUUUGUCGUGUGAUACUGGGAAGAAGUGAAGUUGUGCAUCCUGGAACAGGACAGUGGCAUCCGAGUUCUGAUGAAUUUGACACUGGCGUUGAUAAUUUGCUUUCUCCUAGAAAGUAUAUUGUGUGGAGUACACAAAUGAAUAGCUAUGUGUUUCCAGAAUUUAUGGUCAGUUUCAGAGUCACCUCUCAUGUCAAAGAGUCUCAAAGGAAUGGAGUUCCUGCUAAAAAUCCAAAUUCACCUUGGAUUUCAUUUCCUGCACUGAUUUCUGCUCUAUCAAAAUUCUUGCCGCCUCACACUAUCAAAUUGAUUACGAAAUAUCAUAGUGAUCAUAAGGAGAGGAAGAUGACGAGGCGAGACUUGAUUCAGCAUGUGAGGAAACUAGCUGGAGAUGACUUGUUAACUUCAAUCAUCAAGUCCUGCAAGUACAAGCAUAAUAAAGGAUCAACCGGGAUCUCAUCCAACGUCAGCUCAAUUCACUCUGGACAACGAGAUGGAAAAAACUGUGCUUGCAAAAAGAGUUGUUGAGUAAUUUUCUUGAAGAAUGUAUGGACGGAAGCAGAAAGAAUGAAACGUUAUAAGAUCAACAUCCACUAACCAAAGCUUAAUGUGACACAAGGAUUAGCUGCUGCUGAUUCCUGGGAUGAAAAUGAUAUCUAACAAAUUAGUCUGAGUAGCCCAAUUCCCCUCUAACCUGGGUUCCUGCAUCUCUUCACACGCUGUUUUUUGCUUUGUAGCCUCAAAGUUAUCUUAAAGUAACAGUGUCUCCCAAAUGUACUAUAUAGUUGUAAUAGUUACCUGAUCAAUUCUUGUUGAUGAAAAUUGCUAUAUCCAAUUAUUCAGGCUG